AGCCGCGGCGCGUUGCCGGGCAGAGCCAGUAGCUGCCUGCUCCCCGCUCCCCGCCCACCGCCCUCGCUCGGCUGGGUCCUGGUCCUUCGCUGGCCCCGCUGGCCGCCAUGGGCUCAGAGAUGGAGCCGCUGCUCCUGGCCUGCAGCUAUUUUAGGCGCAGGAAGUUCCAGCUCUGCGCCGAUCUGUGCACGCAGAUGCUGGAGAAGUCCCCUUAUGACCAGGCAGCUUGGAUUUUAAAAGCACGAGCACUAACUGAAAUGGUAUACGUAGAUGAAAUUGAUAUAGAUCAGGAAGGAAUUGCAGAAAUGAUUCUGGAUGAAAAUGCUAUUGCUCAAGUUCCACGCCCUGGAACAUCUCUGAAACUCCCUGGAACUAAUCAGACAGGAGGGCCUAGUCAAGCUGUCAGGCCAAUCACUCAAGCUGGCAGACCCAUUACAGGCUUCCUUAGGCCCAGUACACAGAGUGGAAGGCCAGGCACUAUGGAACAGGCCAUCAGAACACCCAGAACUGCCUACACAGCCCGUCCUAUCACCUCGUCGGGAAGAUAUGUCAGGCUGGGAACGGCUUCCAUGCUUACAAGUCCUGAUGGACCAUUUAUAAAUUUAUCUAGACUGAAUUUAACAAAGUAUUCCCAGAAACCUAAGUUGGCAAAGUCUUUGUUUGAGUAUAUCUUUCAUCACGAAAAUGAUGUUAAGACUGCUUUGGAUCUGGCUGCCCUUUCCACAGAGCAUUCUCAGUACAAGGACUGGUGGUGGAAAGUGCAGAUUGGAAAAUGUUACUACAGGUUAGGAAUGUAUCGUGAAGCAGAAAAACAGUUUAAAUCAGCCCUGAAGCAGCAGGAAAUGGUAGAUACAUUUCUCUACUUGGCAAAAGUUUACAUCUCAUUGGAUCAACCUGUGACUGCUUUAAAUCUUUUCAAACAAGGUUUAGAUAAGUUUCCAGGAGAAGUAACCCUGCUCUGUGGAAUUGCCAGAAUCUACGAGGAAAUGAACAAUAGUUCAUCAGCAGCCGAAUACUACAAAGAAGUUUUGAAACAAGACAAUACUCACGUGGAAGCCAUUGCAUGCAUUGGAAGCAACCACUUUUAUUCUGACCAGCCAGAAAUAGCUCUCCGGUUUUACAGGCGACUCCUGCAGAUGGGCGUUUACAACUGCCAGCUUUUUAACAAUCUGGGGCUGUGUUGCUUCUAUGCCCAGCAGUAUGAUAUGACUCUGACCUCAUUUGAACGUGCCCUUUCCCUGGCAGAAAAUGAAGAAGAGACAGCUGAUGUCUGGUACAACUUGGGACAUGUAGCUGUGGGAAUCGGAGAUACGAAUUUGGCCCAUCAGUGCUUCAGGCUGGCUCUGGUCAACAACAACCACCAUGCUGAGGCCUACAACAACCUGGCCGUGCUGGAGAUGCGGAAGGGCCAUGUUGAACAGGCAAGGGCACUAUUGCAAACUGCAUCAAAUUUAGCACCCCAUAUGUAUGAACCGCAUUUUAAUUUUGCAACAGUCUCCGAUAAGAUUGGAGAUCUGCAGAGAAGCUAUGUUGCUGCACAGAAGUCUGAAGCAGCAUUUCCAGAUCAUGUGGAUACUCAACAUUUAAUUAAACAAUUAAAGCAGCAUUUUGCUGCACUCUAAUUGUUCUUUAGACCAAGUAUGUUCUUAUGAAGGGGCAUUAUAUACAAGGGGAAAAAAGUAGUGUGUAUAUGUAUGUAUAUAGUAUAUAUAUAUUUUACAAACCUGUGCUUGAUAUUAGUGAAGGAGACAUAUAAAGGAGUUUAAAACAGAAUGUAUAAUGAAAAUUUUAUAAUAACAGUAACUUUGUAAAAUAAUAUAAAAUACAGGAUUUAAGUAUUUCUAAGUAGAUCAUGAAACUUUAACUCUCUCCUACAUUAUAUGGUAUAUGUUUGUUUAUAAUGUUUAUAAAACAUUUUAAUGAAUUUCAUCAAAUUUUUGUAAAUACACGUUUUUAAAAUCCUUAAGCUGAUAAUUAGCCAUCAUAUAGCUUAAGAGGUCUGAAAUCUGCCUUUAAAACUGCACUUUUAAGCCCAAAACAGUGGCAGCGACUGUAGUCCCAGCUACUUGGGAGGCUGAGGUAGAAAGAUCAUUUAAGCCCAGGAUUCCAGCUUGGGGAACCUACCAAGACCACAUCUCCAAAAAAAAAAAAAAAAAGAAAGAAAAAGAAAAAAAAUUUAAAAAU